AUGCUGGCCCUUGCCUGCUUGAUGCAGCUGGCUUGCGCCGUGGCCAGUGACCUGCCGUCACUCCUUGUGGCCAUGCUGGCAAGGGAUGAGGAACAGCUGCUGCGGAAGCAUUUGCCUCUCUGGCGUGACAUCGGAGACUGCUUUGUCCUGGGUCUGGACUCCAGGAACCAGGACGCGUCCGAAGAGAUCGCCUCGGAGCUCCUGGUGCCGAAGCCGGCGCAGGUCUUCCACUUCGACUUCGAGGGCUUCGGAUCGGCAAAGACGCGGCUCCUGCAGGAGUGCCACCAGAGAUUCCCCCUGGUGCACUACGUGCUGCUGGUGGAGCCGGACAUGUUCCCAGUGGUCAGCACCUUCCACCGGGAGGCCUUGAGCCAGCGAGAGUCGGUCUAUGCCAUCCACAGGUCUGGGAAGGAGUCGCGAGGCGAGAGGUUGGCCGAUUGCGUCUUUCGCAAUGACGGACUGUGGCACUUCAAGUUUCGGGUGCACGAAACCCCGGUCCGCCGGGCAGAAGGUUCUGGAGUGCCGGAGCGCAUCAGCGACACCGGGUGGUCAGUGGUUGAGAUCUCUGGGAGCGUGCGGGAUGGACAGUCCAGGGCUCUGAAGGUGAGAGAUGAGCUGAGAUUAGUGAAGGAGGACUUGAAAGACUAUCCCGGACAUCCUCGGCUGACCUACUAUGCCGGAGCCCUGCGCUACGAUUUGGCCAUGGAGCUGCGCGAAGAGGGCGACGGUCCCAAGAUCCAGGCGCUGGCCAAGAAGGCCGUCAAGGUCUUGGCGCGGCGCUCCCGCGAGGGCGCUGGCAGUGAGGAGCACACGCAGCAGCAGUCGGCCGCCGCGUACUUCUGCGCUCGGUCCUACUUGGACUUGCUGGGCAACAAUCAGAAGGCAGAGCAAUGGUUUAGAACUACCAUGAAGCUGGAGCCGGACUUUUUGUAUGCAAGAGUGGCGCUGAUCCAGAUGCUUUUUAGGCAGCAGCGGUUCUCAGAGGCCUUCAAGGAGGCAGUGGAUGCGACAAAGCUUGGCCGCCCUCGGCUUCGACUCUUCAUGGACAGCGGGCCGCUUCAUGUGUGCGACAUCCCGCUUCUCUCCAGCAAGGCCAUCUACUACAUGUACAUCAAUGCAACGCUUAGGCCUGAGCUGCAGAGCCACCCCGUCUGGCCGCAGCGGGCCCGGCUGCUGGCCGCCUCCGCGGCCUGCGAGCUGGCCGGCGGGGACAGCGCGGAGAGGAGCUAA